UGCAGAUGCUAAUAUAAGAAUAUCCCGAAACCCCUGGUAAAGCUACCGAGAAAAGGGGAAAUAAGAUGGAAGACGACGGCGAAUAUUGUCGGAGAGAAAUCACAGAAGACGAAGAAGAAACACACAAGAGCAAGAGAGCGAGAGAAACAUCUACGGAAGAAGAAGAGAAGGACAACGUUGGCGUUGUCGGGGUCAUUGAUCUGAUAUCGAGCUUUGUCGGUCCACCAAAAGCCGAAUGCGACGCCGCCGCCGCCGGCGGUGGAGAAGUCGCCGGUGACGUGAAAGAGCCUCCGGAAGCGGAGAGCGGCGGCGGAAAAGGAGGAGGUGGGAUCAUUAGCAACGUCAUUUCCGGAGUGAUACAAGCGGGAGCUGGUGAGAACGAUGAUGGGGAAGUUGCGGAAGACGAAGAAGAAGAAGAAGAAGAAGAGGAGGAGGAAAACAAAGAAGGUAAGGGCGGAGAGAGAGGAGGUGGGAUCUUUGACAAGAUCGCUUCUCACUUGCAAGCAGGAGAUGCGGUUCCGACAGCAGACGAGGCUUCCAUUCUGAUUCACUCCGUUAUUGACUGAUUCUAUACGUUAAUAAGCUCUUCACUUUGCCCCCCUCUCUCUCUCUCUUCAUAUUGUAACCUCUGUUUCUUUUUUUUGUUAUUUUUGUAAGCACGCUCUCGAUGUACACAAGUGAUCGCAUUGCGAAAACUUUUAAUUUUAUUAUAUGAUUUUAAUUUAUUA